AUGACGACACACCCCUACAGCAAAGAGCUCCUCAUAGGAAGUCUCGCCGUCCAACGCGCCGCCCUCCUCACAAAGAAGCUGCUAUCCGCAGUCGACAAGGGCCACCUAGACAAAAGCGACGACACACCGGUAACAAUCGCCGACUUCGCCGCACAAGCCUCGAUCAUCGCCGCAAUCCACAAGGCAUUCCCCUCCGACUCGAUAAUCGGGGAAGAAGACAGCACCGCCCUCCGCGAAAAUGCAGCCCUCUUCGACCGAACCUGGGACCUAGCAACGAGCACUCACCUCGAUGACCCGCAAAGCGAAUCCCACCUCCACACCCCGACCACAAAGGAAGAAAUGCUCGACUUGAUCGAUCUAGGCGCGCAACCCUUCCCCACCGACAAAACCCCCCACCGAGUCUGGACCCUAGACCCAGUCGACGGCACAGCUACAUUCAUAAACGGCCAACAAUACGCCGUCUGCCUCUCCCUAAUCGAGAACGGAAAACAAGUCCUUGGCCUCCUCGCCUGUCCCAACCUCCCCGACACAACAAACGUCCAUGAAGAUAACAUCGAUCCCGGCCACGGCCACCUCCUCACAGCCGUCUUGGGUCACGGCGCACGCAUCCAACCCCUCGGAACAGGCGCGCUCCUCCCCUCGCGCAAUCUAUCCCGCAUCCAGCAAAUCAGCACGGGCAACGAGCUCCGCUUCGUCGAUACGAGUUUCUCGCCGUCGGGACGUCUGGAUGUUCACGCUGCUGUGGCGGGGUCUUUGGAGGCGCCUUGGCCGGCUAGUGUCGAUAUCUGGUCUGCGCAAAUGAGAUAUGUGGCUAUUGCCAUGGGUGCUUGCAAUGCGUUUGUGAAGGUUCCGAAGAAGGAGACGUAUCGGUCGAAGAUCUGGGAUCAUUCGGGUGGUAUGUUGCUUGUUCAGGAACUUGGGUGCAAGGUUACGGAUAUGGCGGGUGGUGAGGUUGAUUGUGGUCGGGGCAGGACGCUUGAAGGGUGUUAUGGGAUGGUUGUUGCGCCUGAGAGUGUGCAUGGGGUUGUUUUGGAGGCUGUAGGGAAAGCUAGAGCUGCGAAGGCUUAG